UGUGUGUUGUACUCCACAGGGAAUCUAAUCUCACAUCCCUCCUCCUCCUCCUCUUUUUCUCCUCCCCCUCUCUCUCUACUGCAUUGAUGCUUAUGCCUUUCUCAGUGAUGAUGUCACUGGUUCAGUCAGUCUCAGCAUCACUGCUCUAGGCAGCCAGCAGAGCCAUUUUGGCUUUUACAUACCAGGCAGUCUAACAUCUUUCCUCCAAGAAACCUUGCCGUACGUGUAGGCCUCACUGGGCACCCUGCUAUACGAUACUCCAUGGAACAAUAAAAAGUUAAACAGAGGAAAAAGAGACAUUUUCAACAUCAGAGGAAAAGCUAAAAACAAGAGAAUUUGAGACACUAGCACAGGAGCCGGGAGAGGGAGCAGAUCUGUUUCUAAGUCAAUAGCCGAGGGCAUCAGAGGAUCAUUGUAAAGGUGUGAGCACUGACCUGGACAUUUAGAGGAAAGUUCUCAGCACGCACACCAAGGGCACCAUGGCAGGGGCCUCAGUGAAGGUGGCGGUGAGAGUUCGUCCCUUCAACUCUCGGGAGAUUGGUAAAGAAAGCAAGUGCAUCAUACAGAUGUCUGGAAACACAACCACGAUCAUCAAUCCCAAAGCACCCAAAGAAAACAAAAGUUUCAAUUUUGAUUACUCGUACUGGUCACAUACCUCGCCAGAGGACAUCAACUAUGCCUCUCAGCAGCAGGUGUACAGAGAUAUUGGAGAGGAAAUGUUACUUCAUGCCUUUGAGGGCUACAACGUCUGUAUUUUUGCAUACGGCCAGACAGGUGCUGGAAAAUCAUACACUAUGAUGGGCAAACAGGAGAAGGACCAGCAAGGAAUAAUCCCACUGCUGUGUGAAGACCUUUUCACCAAGAUUAGUGACAACAAUGAUAACAAUAUGUCCUAUUCUGUGGAGGUUAGUUAUAUGGAGAUUUACUGUGAGCGGGUGCGAGAUCUUCUAAACCCAAAAAACAAAGGAAAUCUGCGUGUACGAGAGCACCCUUUGCUAGGCCCAUAUGUAGAGGAUCUGUCCAAGCUUGCUGUCACAUCAUAUAAUGACAUUCAAGAUCUGAUGGACUCAGGGAAUAAAGCCAGGACAGUAGCCGCUACUAACAUGAAUGAGACGAGCAGCCGUUCCCACGCUGUCUUCAACAUCAUCUUUACCCAGAAGCGGCAUGAUGCAGAGACAGACAACACUUCAGAAAAGGUCAGCAAAAUCAGCCUGGUUGAUUUAGCGGGCAGCGAGAGAGCAGACUCCACCGGAGCUAAAGGCACACGCCUCAAAGAAGGGGCAAACAUCAAUAAAUCACUCACCACCCUGGGGAAAGUCAUUUCAGCUCUGGCUGAGGUGGAUUCUGGAAUUAACAAGAAUAAAAAGAAGAAAAAAGUGGAAAAUUUUAUUCCAUACAGAGAUUCAGUUUUAACCUGGCUUCUGAGAGAGAAUCUCGGUGGCAACUCUCGCACCGCAAUGGUGGCCGCUCUCAGUCCAGCUGACAUUAACUAUGAUGAGACCCUCAGCACUCUCAGGUAUGCAGACAGGGCUAAGCAGAUCCGUUGUAAUGCUGUGAUCAAUGAAGAUCCUAAUAACCGGCUGGUGCGUGAGCUGAAAGAUGAGGUGUCACGUCUGAAGGAUCUCCUCUUUGCCCAGGGUUUGGGCGACAUUAUUGAGACAUUUCGAGGGCCUUUUGAAGAUUUUGGUGGUUUGAAAUACUUAUCCGAUUACAAGAACAAUAACAAUAGUGGCCAAGCUGUCAAUCAAAGGGAUGAUCUCUCCACAGUGACCAAUGCUAUGACGGGGAUGAGUCCCUCUCCCUCUCUCUCCGCCCUGUCCAGUCGGGCUGGCUCCAUCAGCAGUCUCCACGACCGCAUCAUGUUCAGCCCAGGCAGCGAGGAAGCCAUUGAGAGACUUAAGGAAACAGAGAAAAUAAUUGCUGAGCUCAAUGAAACAUGGGAAGAGAAGCUUCGCCGUACAGAAGCCAUCAGAAUGGACAGAGAAGCACUGCUUGCUGAGAUGGGUGUGGCCAUGCGUGAGGACGGAGGAACUGUAGGAGUUUUUUCACCAAAAAAGACACCCCAUCUGGUGAAUUUAAAUGAAGAUCCUUUAAUGUCUGAGUGUCUGCUAUAUUAUAUUAAAGAUGGAAUUACCAGGGUAGGAAGAGAGGAUGCCAGCAGUAGGCAGGACAUUGUUCUGAGUGGUCACUUCAUCAAGGAGGAACACUGCACUUUCACCAGCACCACUGGACCUAUGGGAGAAGCUGUCAUUCUAGAGCCGUGUGAGGGGGCAGAAACUUAUGUCAAUGGGAAGAGGGUGACAGAGCCCACUGUUCUCAAAUCAGGAAACCGAAUCAUUAUGGGCAAGAGCCACGUGUUCCGCUUUAACCACCCAGAACAGGCCCGCCAGGAACGUGAGAGGACACCGUGCAGUGAGACUCCAAUGGAGCCUGUGGACUGGGCUUUUGCUCAGAGAGAACUUCUUGAUAAGCAAGGCAUUGAUAUGAAGCAGGAAAUGGAUCAGAGACUGCAGGAACUUGAGGAUCAGUACCGCAAGGAAAGAGAAGAGGCUAACAAUUUACUGGAGCAACAAAGAUUAGACUAUGAAAGCAGGUUGGAAGCCCUGCAGAAACAAGUAGAUCGCUGUUACCCUGAUGUGGCAGAGGAGGAGGAUGAACCAGGGGAGCAAGUGCAAUGGACUGAGAGGGAGACAGAACUGGCGCUAUGGGCUUUCCGUAAAUGGAGGUGUUAUCAGUUCACAUCUCUCAGAGACCUGCUCUGGGGCAAUGCCAUCUUCCUCAAGGAAGCCAAUGCCAUCAGUGUGGAGCUAAAGAAGAAGGUUCAGUUCCAGUUUGUGUUAUUGACAGACACACUGUACUCUCCUCUUCCGCCUGACCUGUUACCUCCUGAGUCAUCUAAAGACAGAGAAAAGAGCCCAUUCCCUCGUACCAUUGUGGCUGUAGAAGUCCAAGAUCAGAAAAAUGGAGCCACACAUUACUGGACUCUGGAAAAGCUCAGGCAGAGGCUGGACAUGAUGAGAGAAAUGUAUGAUCGUGCUGCAGAGGUCCCCAGCAAUGCUCUUGAAGACUGUGACAGUGUCCUGACAGGAGGAGACCCUUUCUACGACCGGUUUCCCUGGUUCCGUCUGGUUGGAAGAAACUCCCUUUUCUCCACAUGCCUUAGUGAGCAAGCGAGUGACCCAAACUCCUCCCCCACCCCCUCCGAGCCCACAUCGACCUCUGAACUCACUGAGCUGGUCCAGUCAUGGACAGACAAGAAGGUGGGAACAGAACUGGAUGACUUGGACAACGAUUUCUUAUCGGAUGACCCGUGCUCGGAUUUUGAGGAGGAGGAGGGGGAGAAUGAGGCAGAGCUCUGCAGAAGCUCCAGCAAACCCGAGGACCCAUUUUACGAUCGCUCACCAUUGUUCAGUGUAGUGGGAAGGGCAUUUGUGUAUUUGAGUAAUUUACUCUAUCCUGUACCCCUGGUGCAUCGAGUUGCCAUCGUCAGUGAAAAGGGAGAGGUCAAAGGUUUCCUCAGAGUAGCUGUACAGGCAAUAUCAGGUUCUCUGGUUUUUCCUCCAGCCGAUGAGGAGGCACCAGACUAUGGCUCUGGUGUCAGACAGUCAGGAACUGCCAAGAUUUCUUUUGAGGACCAUCAGUUUGAGAAGUUCCAGACAGAGUCUUGCCCUACUGGUCUUUCCAACGCUGGGGUCUCUCAGGAAGAGCUGCGAAUAGUGGAAGGGGAGGGUCAGAAUGCAGAAAUGGAUCUAUCAGCAGAUGAGGUCAACAAUAACACCUGUGCAGCUAACCCGGAGGAGCUGGACAGCCCUGUCAAAACAGGUCUUGAUGGCAUUCUGGAUGGAGCUCUGGAUCAUUUAAAAAUUGGAGAUGUCUUCACAUUCAGAGUUACUGUGCUGCAAGCAUCAAGCAUAUCUGCAGAGUAUGCAGACAUAUUCUGCCAGUUCAAUUUUAUUCACAGGCACGAUGAAGCAUUUUCCACAGAGCCAUUGAAAAACACUGGACGUGGUCCUCCCCUUGGCUUCUAUCAUGUGCAGAAUAUUGCUGUGGAGGUGACCAAGUCCUUUAUAGAGUACAUAAAGACUCAGCCAAUUGUAUUUGAAGUGUUUGGGCACUACCAGAAGCAGCCAUUCCCUCCACUCUGCAAGGAUCUCAUUAGCCCCUUGCGUCCAUGCAGAAGACCGUUCCCAAGAGUCAUGCCUCUUUCUAAGCCAGGCCCAGAUAACGACACCUCUUCUGAUCGGGAGAAGAACCUGGAGCUGAUUCGCUACCUGUUGCCAGAGGUCUUCAACGGGGCUCUGGUGGACUCACUGUCAAGCCACGCCCUCAGUGCAGCAGGCGUGGCUGUUUCCUACCUCCUUGAGGGGGAGGAGCAAGCCAGAUUGCCGGCCCCACCCUUGUCUAUCUGUUCAGUAAUUAAAGCACAGAAGCCGGUACCUGCCACCAAACUGACAGCUCUCACACGACCCACAUCAGGACCAUGUCACUGUAAAUAUGAUCUGAUGGUUUUCUUUGAAAUCUGUGAGCUAGAGGCGAAUGGAGAUUAUAUUCCAGCGGUGGUGGACCACAGAGUAGGCAUGCCCUGCCAUGGUACAUUUAUGUUACAUCAGGGCAUCCAAAGGAGAGUUACAGUCACCAUAGUACAUGAGACAGGGAGGGAUAUUGAGUGGAAGGAAGUGCGAGAGCUGGUUGUAGGGCGCAUCCGGAACACGCCAGAAGCAGAUGAAGCAAUUAUUGACCCCAACAUUCUCUCUCUCAACAUACUGUCGGCAGGAUACAUCCGACCCGCACAGGAUGACAGCAUUUCCUUGGGGAUUGAUCCUAGAACAUUUUACCGCUUUGAGGCAGCUUGGGAUUCAUCUAUGCACAACUCUUUGCUGCUUAACCGCGUCACUCCUUAUGGAGAGAAAAUCUACAUGACUCUGUCGGCCUACCUUGAGAUGGAGAACUGCACACAGCCCACAGUGAUUACCAAAGACUUAUGCAUGGUGUUCUACUCACGAGACGCCAAGCUCCCUGCAUCUCGCUCUAUCAGGAAUCUCUUCAGCAGUGGCAGUUUGAGACCAUCUGAAGGGAACCGAGUAACCGGUGUGUAUGAGCUUAGUCUGUGCCACCUGGCCGAUGCAGGUAGUCCAGGGAUGCAGAGACGGCGCAAACGGGUGCUGGACACGUCGGUGGCCUAUGUGCGAGGGGAGGAGAACCUGGCUGGCUGGAGGCCCCGUAGUGACAGCCUCAUCCUGGACCAUCAGUGGGAGUUGGAGAAACUGAGCCUCCUGCAGGAGGUGGAGAAAACUAGGCACUACCUCCUCCUUAGGGAGAAGCUGGAGUCCACCCUGCUGCUGGGCCAGGAGUCGCUGCUGUCCUGCGGGAGUGAGGAUCUAACCGAGUCCUCUUUCCCCUCCACCCAUCUGGGCCUGGGUCACAACCCGGGCCUGGGCCCCGACACACCCAACGAGAGGCAGAGGGAGCUGGCUGCCAAGUGUCUGCGUUUGCUUAACCACACCUUCAACCGAGAUUACGGCCAUGUGUGUGUUAGUGCCAGCGAGAGCAAGUUAAGUGAGAUGUCAGUAACUCUUCUGAAAGACCCUGCCUUAGUGUGUGCUGAAAGCACACUCACACCCUCUUCCACAUGCCCAUCUCUUGUGGAAGGACGCUACAGCAGCAACACUGAACUCAGACCCCCAACACCUCGAUCUCGCGCUGUCAGUCCCAACCCUGAUUCAGAAACGGAUGGCAAGAAGUCUUCUCCACAGUCCAGACCGAGAACUCACAUUUUUGUCCCCGACAUUCAAGAAAUCCGUGUCAGCCCUAUUGUGUCAAAGAAAGGUUAUUUGCACUUCCUGGAGCCCCACAGUAAUGGCUGGGUUAAGAGAUAUGUUGUGGUACGUCGGCCCUAUGUCUACAUUUAUAACACAGAGAGAGACACAGUGGAAAGGGCCAUUCUUAACCUGUCCUCAGCACAAGUGGAAUAUAGUGAAGACCAGCAGGCCAUGCUAAAGACCCCCUACACAUUUGCAGUAUGUACAGAGCAUCGUGGGAUACUCCUUCAAGCCAGUAAUGACAAGGAGAUGCAUGAUUGGCUAUAUGCCUUUAAUCCUCUGCUUGCUGGAUCUAUCAGGUCUAAACUUUCCAGAAGAAGAGCUGGGCAGAUGAGGUUUUGAGACCAUCACAUACUGUACCUACUUUACUCUUCAAGGACAAAAAAACAAAGGAAUAAACUUGUAAAUAGAUCUAUUCACAAAUUCCCUAGAUUCUGUGCUUGAUCAAAUGUCUAUCCCCUGCUAUCUACAUGUGUGUACCCGCACACACUUUCAUUAACUGUGCACCUGUAUAUCAAAAUCCCCAUUUUUCUGCAUCUACAGUGGCCUAAAUAUUCAACUUACAGCGCCAACAAAACAGGCUAACUACUUUAUUUGGCUAGAGAUAAUAGAUGCUUAAGUAGUUUUGAGGAGCAGUUUACAUAGAAACAAAGCGGACGAUGGAAAUUCCCAUUUAUACAAACAAAUAAAAAUUUGUAACUGUGAAGAGUGAGGUUUAUAUCCACAAGGCUGUGUCUUAUCUAGAGUUCAAUGGGAAAAUUAAGACUACUGUAGUAAAUCAGCCACAUGGCCUUAUUGUGUUACUUCUACUUGAGUAUGUUUAUGAGCUUUAAAGCAUAAAACUGGUCAGUAUUUAAUUCAACGGACCAUAUGUUUAUUCAUCUCUUGGCUAUGGCUGAUAGAAUUGAUCAAUGAUAAGCAAUUCUUCGCAAGAACCAGAUGAAUCACAUCAUAUUAUGCUCUUUAAGUGCAGUAGAGCCCAUCAUAAAUACUUAUAUACAUUUAUAAUGUUUCCCUUUCUAAGGCCAUAAAAUACAUAAGGACUUUAAAAUAAACAGAACGUAUAGGGAAAAAAUUGGCAACGGAAUGUGGUUGCAUUUUCAUAUCUCUAUAUGAUAAUCAUUAUAAAGAUUUGGCCUAUUUUUGUUGGAUGACUGGUCAGUAGAUAUAUCUUAUGUGUUAUAAUCCUGUCUAAUAUUUUAUAUAACAAAUUAUAAGUAUCCCUAUAUUAUCUGAUAUUGGUGUAAUUUAUUUUAAACAUUUCUGCUAAAGUCUUAUUUAUUUAGCAUUUUUAUUUAUUUCAGCAUGUAAUUAUCGACAAAGACUAUAAUAUUUUUGAAGGCGUAUAGUGCAAUUUCUGCAUAGGGCACUUUUUUAUCAUGAGUUGACUCCCUUUUACUGACCACUUUUCCCCAACCCAGUAAAAUGCAUUUGGGGAACAGGAUGGAAUGCAUGGAUAGCUGUUGUGCUGUAUGUAGAUUCGAAACACACAAAAACAAUCCUAAACGACCUAAAUGUUUACAGUGAUCAGUCUUAUAAAGAUAAAAGUUUUGAAGAUUGUUAGAACAAAUCCGCAUUUGUACAGAACUGAUGGAAUUUUUUACUAGCUCCCCUGUGAGAGUGAAGGAAUGUGAUUUUGUUGUAUGACCCUGUACACAUUUUAAACUUGGUGAAUGUAUACUUUCAGGCCCACAUAUCUGUACCUUUCCUUCUCUUCUGCACAGGCAAAAGGGAACACUAGUUUUUAAAGCAAAAGUUUGUACAUGUAUUUUCUUUUAGCUUAUUGAGAGAAUGUGUACUGCACUUAAUGUGGUUCGCUAUGACAUUUUUCAUUCUUAUCUGAUUUUACCCAUGCAGGUGAACAAAGAAAUCAAUUUAGCCAUAAACAUUUUUUUUUUAAGUUUCCUUACAUUUAACAUCAUUAACUGUGUUCCUGACACAAGCUCUGCUGUCAUAGUGUGUCUUAAUAUGAAUCUCAUGCUAGUUCAGAUUUGUUGUGAUUUUAAUUAUAUUAAAUAUUGCAAUGGGCUGAUAAAUGGCAAAUUUAUUAUAAAUUUAUUAAUUUAUUUUGUUUAUAAAGUUCUCAGGUCUGCUCGUUGUUAUGUGCUUAAUAUCAUCAUGCUUGGGUUGUGCAAACAGGCUGCUGCAUUAUAAAAUGCUCAAACUACAUGAAAAUUUGUUUCACUUUGGAAUGGCUGAGAUUGCAGACAGAAAUUAUAAAGCUAAUAUACUAUAAUGUGUUUUUAAUUUAAACUGUUGUGUGCAAAAGCAUUUGCCAUAUUCUGAGUGUAGGUUGCAGGUAUGCCUUGCUAAAAGGUCAAUUAUAAAACCACCAAAAUACAGUAUAAGCAUGACUGAGGCCAGCCAACCUACAGGACUUGCUUAGUACGGCAUGUUAUAAAAAAGUAAUUUUCUGUAAAACUUAAAGGCGGAGUCCACGAUGUUUGAAAAACGCGUUGGAAAGGAGACGGGCCGACUACCAAAACACACUUAUAGCCAAUCAAAUCAAAUCAAAUGCCGGGUUGCGUAUGUGUGGGGCGGGUCUAUCAACAGAAGGUCCAGAUUCUAUUGGGGUAGGGGCGUGUUUGUUUAGGUGAUUUCAAAUAUCAACAUUGGCUUUCAUACAUCAUGGACUCCGCCUUUAAUGUUAAACAGCCAAUGCUAAAAUGAUUCUGAAGGAAUAAAUACAGUAUAUCAAAAAUAAUUUCAUCCUUACGUACUCUUUGCAUUUUUUGUGUGUUCAGGACAGCAAAACAAUCGUGUUUUAUUUCCUAAAUGACCAGUUCAGAAUAAAUAUGAAACUCAUCUACUUUUAGAAAUAAAUGUGUGUGAUAUAUAAAUGAUAAAUGCUUUAAUUUUUGUCUGUGCACUAAGUAGAAAGUAAUACAAAGAAUUGAAUGAUAAUCUUCAUGUUGCAGUAUAGCCUGUCGUUGUUACUAUGAACUUACAUAAAACAUGCAUUAUGCCACAUUCCAAAGUGAACGAAUAGGUCAGUUCUCCUUCUAAUUGACACAAAUUAUUUAUGUGCUUCCAUUCUAUUACGCAUAUUCAUUCAUAUGCAUUUUCUAUCUUUUUCUUUAAGUUUUUCUUGCAUUGUAUAUAAACAUGAUUGCUGUGAAUGGUGUAAAAUGCAGUUGUAACCAGUUUGUACCAUCUUCAAUGGACGGUAGUUCAGUGUCUCUUUCUGAGUGUUGGAAAAUGAGUCAAAUGUUUGUGUACACAUAACACAUUCGUCAGAUACGAAAUAAAUGUGGAACUUAUGCAACA